AUGUACUUUCUACUUUCAAAUUCAUUAACUCCUCAAUAUAGUCACUGUGCUAUUAUUUGCAUCGGACCUGACUCAGCGUCAGCUACAGAGUUAAAAGAAAGAACUACACCUUCGAUAAGAGGCAAGCAGUCGAGGAAGUUCGCCAGUAAAACCCACUUGAACAAACCUUCUAAUUUCCGUCGUCAUAACCCACCAUCAGGUCAUGGAAGACCUGUCCGACAGGAAAAGCUCUCAAAGUAUCGACCAGGUGGAUACCACCCAGUCUCCCUGGGAGACACCUUCAAGGAUGAUCGCUAUCAAAUUCACCAUAAAUUGGGUUGGGGAGGGUUUUCCACCGUGUGGCUUGCGUACGAUAAAGAGAAAAACCAAUGGGUUUCAGUGAAGAUCAUGAGAGCACAUACCUCCCAGGGCUCUCGAGGACUUUACAAUCUACAGUUAUUAGCAGACCGUUCCCAGGGAAAGCCGUCUGCAAAAUACAUUGUUUCCGUUUUCGACUCAUUUACUCAUCAGGGCCCUAAUGGUACCCACUUGUGUAUUGUAUUCGAAUUGCUCGGUCCUUCUGUCAAUAUAAGCGGCGGAAACAUCGCGUUCAGCUGUACCAAUUUCUCGCACGCCUCGAAAGAAGAGCUCUUCGCAGUCAUCGGAUCUCCAGAAGUAGAAGAACUAGCUCGACUCGACGGCAAGCCACUAGACAACAGCUUACCGAAACAAUUAGUAAAAUCCGCAGAAUGGGAAACCUGGGUAGACGAAGAUGAAGAAGAUAUUCGGAUUCUCGAUUUUGGGGAAGCGUUCCUGCGGGGGAACGAGCCUAAAGUACUUGCUCAGCCAGGGCAAUUGCGGGUCCCUGAGCUGAUUUUCACUGAUUGCUUUGAUUAUCGUGUUGAUUUAUGGCGCGCUGGCUGUAUGAUCCAUGCAUUCAUGUUUGGGUCAUAUCCCUUCCAAUACCUAGGCGAAGAUGAAGUCCUGGUCUCACAGAUGAUCCGCUUUGUGGGGAAGUUGCCGAAGGACUGGCGGCCGAUAUGGGAACGCAUGAAGAUGAACUUUAAGCGUGGUUUAAAAGAAUCAGAAGUCAUUCGGCAAUUGAUGAGAUUUGUACCGUCGAGUCGAAUAAAGGCCUCCGAGGCACUUGCUCUCUUGAGGUCAGAGCAGGAUGCAGAUUAUGAUACUUAA